UAACCGCAAAAGUGAAGAGAAGAUGGAAUAGUGUGAGUACGUGUAAAGCAAAGAUUUAGGGGGAAGAAAAGAAAUUAAUAUAUGAAUGAAAAGUAGUUGUUUGUCGUGUGAUAGGUAAGAAAUAAUAUAAUGAAAAUGCAUCGUGGUAAAAAAGAGCAAGAUGAUAAUAUAAGGAAAGGUCCAUGGAAAUCAGAAGAAGAUGAGGUACUUGUUCAACAUGUCAAAAAAUAUGGUCCUCGAGAUUGGAGCUCCAUUCGAUCCAAAGGUCUUCUUCUUAGAACUGGCAAGUCUUGUCGUCUUCGUUGGGUCAAUAAGCUCCGACCAAACCUCAAAAAUGGGUGCAAGUUUAGUGUAGAGGAAGAAAGGAUUGUGAUAGACUUGCAGAGAGAAUUUGGGAACAGGUGGGCUAAGAUUGCAUCCUCUUUGCCUGGAAGAACAGACAAUGAUGUCAAAAAUUUCUGGAGCAGUAGGCAAAAGAGGUUGGCUAGGCUUCUCAAAACAUCAUCAUCAUCAACAACAACCUUAAAGUCACACAAAAAUAAAACUAAAGUUUCUGCCUCUGUUCCAACUUCAAAGGCUCCUAAGUUCAGUUCUUCAUCAGAGGGAGAAUCAUCAACAAGGCCUCAAUCAUGCUCAUUACCUUGCAUUGAGAAUUCUGAACAAGUUAUUCAAAUGGUGCCAUUAGCAGAUCUUAUAAAAACCGAGCAACCGAUUUUUGACACAAGCUACGUCGAACAAGAGUUUAAUCCUUUUGCGAGCAAUGAACACAUUGCAUUUCCUCAAAUUUCAGAACUCCAAACUGAUCUAACUUUUCCAAUGGAAAGCCAACAAGACCUAUUCGGAAGAGUUGAUGAUCAAAAUUUAUUUGAUGUGUUUGGUCCCUUGGAUUCAUCUGAAUUUGGAAUGGUUCCACAACAUCCUCUUAAAUUCCCUUUCUUUGAUCCAUCAGAGAGUUGUAGAAUUGAUAGCAACAGAAACAUUGAUAGUUUCUUUGAUGAUUUCCCUCAGUACAUGUUUGAUGACAUAGAUCAGCCACCUUCAAGUCCAUCUAAGCUCUGAAUUUGUUUUGCCAUUUUGUUAUUUCUUCUGUGUGUAGCUGUGUUUGCAAUUUUAGGCCGAUAAGUAUUUGUAAUACUUAAAAAUUUGGCUAGUCAUUGUAAUUUGGGUCAUUGAUGUCAUUUUUAGGACGGCUAGAAAGAGACACUGCAAAUGUCCACAAUGUUGGUCUUUUUGUUGGUCAACUUGUUAAAGUUUGGGGCUUUUGCAUUAUCUUGGCUCUUUUGGGAAAUAGUAGUUGAUGUCUUGGGAUAUUUGAUAUUUAUGCAAUGAUAUCCACA